UGUUUCCGCAUUCAGACACACAGAGCAACAUGGCUGCAGUAGGCAGCGUAGUGAAUACUUUGACUUCUCUUUGGAGACAGCAGUGUGCCCGUACUUGUUUACCACAUUUGUUCGUUUGCAUUUCUUUUACAGGAUCGAUUUUGAAAGAGACGGGCCUCGUGACGGAGAGCUACUUCAGUAACAGCAAAAAUGUUUUAAAUCUAUAUUUUGUGAAAGUUUCUUGGGGAUGGACCAUUGUUUUACUUCUGCCUUUCAUCUCUUACUCCAACCUUUACAACAGAAGCUACACAUUUGUGUUGAGGCGGCUGACGUCACUACUGGUGGCAACAUUGAUUUGGUACACCUGCACUUGGGCUUUUUUCUACAUUGAAGAUAUUACAGGUUCAUGCUAUGAGUCAGACACCAAGCAAGUUAUCUUUGGUGACAUUACCACAAAGGCGGCGUGCAGGAAGGAGGGAUUCAUCUGGGAAGGAUUUGACAUAUCAGGACACUCCUUCAUCUUGGCUUACUCUUCUCUUGUGAUUGUGGAGGAAAUGGUGCCCAUGUUACACAUACCACAAAGUUACAGAAAGAUCUUUCUUGAUUGUCUUUAUAUAGCACUCAAUGCGAUUGUGGCUAUCUGGAUAUGGAUGUUCUUAUGCACUUCUGUGUACUUCCAUGAUUUUAUUGACAAGGUUUUAGGGACGUUGUGUGGGAUAUUAGGGUGGUACUUGACUUACGUUUUUUGGUACCCAAUGCCUUUUUCUCCAGGUCUCCCUCCACAGCAGAAACAACAUGCUUAGUGUGAGAGCUAAAUACUACAAGUGCACUACAACAAGCUUCACAUAUCUUUUGUGAGAUCAAUGACAGCUUAUUAUCCGUCCAAGUGAGGCGGCAGGAAGCUGCUGGUGUUACAAAAAUGACAAUCUGUAACCUGAGAGGUCACAUCUGAACCUUAUUGUUGCCUUCAAACAUUGUGUGGCUUCAUACAGAGCUGGAAUAGUAAACCUGACAAUAAAUUUAGCUUAUACGGUA